AUGGAGCCACCAAGGGCUGCCCCGCUCCAGAUUCCUUCCGAGGAUGAUGUACCCCUCUUCGAUCCCAGCGGCCUUAGCGCCUCUCUCUCUGCGGACGACUGGCACAACUCUUUCGAUCUCUCCAGUGUAGCUGCAGCCCGCUUAGGUAUCGGAUCACCUCCAUCUCAAAAUGGUUCCGGAUCCAUCUCCGCAGCAGCUUCCAACCCCAACCUCACCCGCUCCGACUCCCGCAACAACUCCGACACCAACUCUAUCUCCAACCUUCACCAUCAGGCUUCCACCUCCCGCUCCACAUCACAAGAUGCUCCGCCAGAGUCGCAAAACCUGCAGACAUCCGAGGACGCUGCAAAGCGAGGAAGGCGGCGUCGCAGCUCCGCAGCUCACAAUGAUAGCCAGCAACCAACCUUGGCGGUCAACUCGGCCGCACUCCCGCAAAAAGACACCUCUGUUGGUUCCAAGGUCCGCAUGUGGUGGGAACGUAGUGCUGCCGCUACUCCCGAGGUUGAUGCUAAUCACUCGUCCAUUGUUGAGAAGCAUCAACCGCAGCCGCAGCCGCAGCUGCAUUUGCGCCCGCACCCAUCACCACAACCAGCCACAAAUCUACCAUCACUCCGCACAGAUGGCAAGCUCACACCUGGUCCCACUGCUACAGACUUCGCCUACGCAUCUCCCACUUCCACGUCACAAGACACCUCAUCUCCAGCAGUUCGCUCUCCCGCCACCGAUUUUCUUAGCGCCUUCUCCAGCCUCAACAGUGUAGUUCAACCAUCAACCUCCUCCGACAACCGCUCGCUUUCAUACAGUCCGCCACGUUCAGGUCACCGCAGUCUCGGCGCCUCAUUGAUGCGCGAUGAGACCCGCAACGGCUCCGCUGCAGCUCCUGGCUUUGCUUCUUGGCGUGGUCUCGGUAGUGCAGCUGCGCAGCUCUAUGAUGCCAAGGCCACCACAGCUCCCAAUCCACCACCACGCAGCGAUGAUGAAGGUGCUCGUGUAGGUCCCUCUGGCCGAUAUCUUCUAGGCAAGACCAUAGGCUUUGGCGGUUUCUCUACCGUUCGUGAAGGCUGGGAUCUGGAGGCAGAAGGUCCCGCUGAUCCCACUGCUCCCAGCAUCGAUGGUCAACGCAAGGGUCGCAAGGUGGCAGUCAAGAUUGUCUAUCAUAGCCAGAGCCAGAGCCAGAGCCAGAGUCAGAGCCAGAGCCAGAGCCAGGACCGACAACCUCGAGACCAGAUCAAGAAGCAGCACCAACACUCGCAAGAGCUCAGCAUCUGGAAGAGCUUACCCACACACCAGCAUCUGCUCCCACUCCUCCAUCACGAACGUGUCGCUCUCGAUGGACCGCACCCUGAUCAGGUUCGGGGCGACGGAACCACUGCCGAGCUGCUGAUCAUGCCUUACUGCGAUCAGGGCAACCUUCUCGACUUUGUUCGCAGCGAAGGCGGCGCCAACAGCGUCAUCUUUCCUGCCAACGCUGAGCUUCCCUUCACAUCAGAUGAUCGGAGGUCUGGCUCAGGUUCGUGGGUGGCCCCCAGUCCUGCACGCUCGACGCUUUCUCGCAGCUCUUCCUUGAGAACUUCGAUGGACGAUCCAUCAUGGCGUAACUCGGGGCCACGGACAGGCUCCGGCUUCAUGCUUGCACAGCGUCACAAUAUCGGAAGGGUAGCCUCUGUCUCGGCUGCGUCUCAGCUUCGUACCAUUCCUGCUGGUCAAGAGGCCUCCUCUGUGGCUUCUUCGCCCGUCUCUGCUGCUGGCAGCGUUUCAAGCGGCUCCAGGUUGAUGCGAAGGACCACCAGUCGACUUUCACGCAGCCAAGGCGUCCCGAUCGAUGCAGCACGCGAGACCAUGCGCCAGCUCGCUUCCGCACUCAGCACACUCCACAACAAGAGCCACAUCCUUCACGGAGAUAUCAAGCUUGAGAACGUUCUCGGUCAGGAUCAGACGUCAUGGAAGAAGCGCCAACGCAUGGCCAUGCAAGACGAUCAUGGUGCCGUCAGAUCUAGGCAAAACAGCGCCGGCAUGACUGACUCAAUCGACUCCUUGGCAGCUUCCUCUCUCUCUUCGAAACAGACACUCGACAUCACCCAUGCUGUCAUGCCAUGCUGGAGGGUUGCAGACUUUGGCCUAGCUCAGGUCCUGGACCCUAGCCAUGGUAAGACCGGCAUGCCAGGCGCUGCUGCCGUUGUCCGCGCUCUCAAGCAAGAGACGAAUCCAAAAGAUAGCAACGGCAAGAAGAGUGGCAAAAAGUCUGGACGCGGUGGUUCUCUUGCUUAUACGGCACCCGAGUUCCUUCGCGCUCAAGGAACCUCAGGCACAGCGAGCCCAGCAGCUGCCGAAUACUCCGGUGAGGAUACUGAGUUGCCACCAGAGUCUCCCUUUGCGGCGGAUAUGUGGGCCCUCGGUUGCAUCCUCUACGCACUCCUGAGUGGCAAGCUGCCUUUCACGGACUCUUUCGAGCCCCGAUUGCAGAUGAAGAUUGCCAGGGCGCAGUGGGAACUUCCACCACGGCUUCGACGACGAGCUGAACGCCUUGCUGCAUCAUCUACGGGUACCUUGACCUCAACACAGAGCCAGUCCAAGCGCAACAGCUCCAUCGAUCGUGGAGCCUCCGUCGAACCAGCAGCUCCAGCAGAUCGUUUUGCCUUCAGUCAACGUCGAAGCGUAUCAGGCGCAAAUCGCGGCCCGGGCAGCCUUGGCGCUAUGGAUCUCAGUGCUUCGUUGCCGUCCUUGCUGCCGAGAGAAAGACAGGUCACUGAUCCUGCGACCACUGCGCUGCCAAGGCGCAUGAUCGCGGUACACUCAGACCAUGUCGUGGGCUCAGCUCCGGGACGUGCUGACCAUCUCGAAAGCUUCGAGAUCAACGAAGUGGCCAAAGCACGAGCAGACGUUGAGGAAGAUCCAGAAUCGGAUGAGGACCUCCACCUUGAUCCUGCUUGGGAUGGCCUGAGCUGGGAUCGAGCGGCCGCACGUCAGGUGCUGCGUGGUUUGCUGGAGCCGGAGCCGAGACGGAGAUGGACCAUCGACAAGCUAUGCAGCAGUCCCUGGAUUCGACACGAGGGAGCCGAGCCCAUUCCUUCCCCUGCACCAACCAGCAUUCUUGGCGUCUCUACCGCAAUGCAGAGCAAUCACUCCAUGUGCACUUCCACAACGGCUGCAAUCUCUGGAACCAAGGGCUUCUCUGUCGAACCAGAGCGAUGGACAGCACCACCAAUUGCCAGCGAUCACCAAGACGGCAAAACUUCGCCAUCGGGCCCGCAGGCCGCAAAGAUUUCGCCACCACCAAGCUUCGACAGAGCGGAUAUUGGCGACCAGUUCCAGCGGACGGAACGCGGAAGACGCUCAUCGAGCCUCGCCCGAACCCGUCCCGCUCAGCUUGCUCACGACAGUUCAGGUAGUGCAUCAACAGCCCAGUCGCCGUCCAUGCCGAUCGAGGAUGGCGACAGCGCUAGACGACGAUCGAGGUCGACUUCGCGCCUAUCGCUGCAGUACCGUGACUCGAGCCGCAACCGCAGCACAGAUGUCAGCGGCAGCUCAACGCCCAACCGAGACCGAGACCCUGCUUGGAUGUCGCAUCACCUUGGAAGCUCGCUCAACUCGCAACAUCACUGGAUUCACUCUGCUUCCAGGGACCGCUGUGACAGCCCAGCCGACUCUGAACGUCGCGGCCGUUUGCCAAGGGCAAGGAUGGCUGAUCUUGAUGAGAACACAACCUGGAACGGAGAAGACGGAACAAGCAGCGACAGCCGUGCUGGAUCGCACUCUGCUAGUCUGCACAGGACAGGUCCCAUCGCUAUCCGUGGUCGAAGCCACUCGAGGAGCCGCAGCCGUCACAGUGGAGAAUCAGGGUCACCAGAGCGCUUUGCCCAGCGAUCUAUCUCGAGAUCGAAGUCCAACUAUUCGCUGUCUCACGACGCAGGUGGUGCUGCCGGCUUCUUGUACGGGCGCAGUGUAGAGCCACAGCCAGUUCUGGCAGCACCCAUCACGGCAGAUCAUACACAAGCUCAUCGCUCAUCAACAGCAAGGAGUCGUUCCCGUGCCCCGGACGCAUUGGCGCAGAUUCUCGGUUGCCAGAGAUCACCAAGUCGAUCGAGAGCGAGUGGUAGUGCAGAGCCGUCACGCUCUGAAGGCAUCGCCAGUCGAAGCACUCCCUCGCUGAGCACGAACAACAGUAGCAGCAAAGUUUCAGUACCACUGGAUGAUGACAAGGCCUCGACAGAUUUGGAGCGAGGCCAAGAGGCGCGAGGGCGGGCGCGCGAUCGAAGAUGA